GGGAUCAAGAAAAAGCGUGCAAUGCCCGCAAGAUGGGGGCUCAAGGGGCGGCAUGGGGGCCUGUCGGUCGCGGUCGCUUGUGCGUCGUCCAGGAGACACUUCAUUUCCUCUCGGACCGUGUCAACGCGUCCCAAAAUUCGCGAGCCCUUUCGCUGUAACAACCCACCGUUCCAUGAGCGGUAACAACGCAGGCGUCCGGAACCUGCGGGCCAUGUUCGAGAGCCAGAACGCUGCCUCGUCGUCUCCUGAGCCCCGCGGCCGUUCUCCCGCCGGGAGCGCAACCAGCGACGCCAACCGCCCUACGUCCAAAGUGCGCGCGUCCUUUGUGUCUGUCGAGCCGCACGCUGCCGGCGCCGCCAAAGAGCUGGGCACCACGAAAGGGGUCAGCACGAAUACCCCCCACGCCCAGCGCCGCGAGAGCUUCAGCGUCAGCGGCGAGUCGAGCGACGUCGCGGACCUCAAGCAGGCCAUCAGCGAGGAGAAGGAGGAGCGCAAGAAGAGCAUUGCCGUUGACGAGGCCGUGCCCGAGCAGGCCGUCGAGACCAGGGAAUCCUCCAGAGCACCAGCGCCGCUUCGCGAGCCUGCAGGCAAGAUGCCAAACCUAGGUAGCAUCAUGAAGGGGUCCGACUUCCCGGAGCCUGUCGCCGCGGCAGAGCAGCCGACCGAGGAAGCGCCCAACGUGCGCCCCGGAGACGCCCAAGUUGCGCCCGCCGCCCAUGAGAAGCCAGCAGAGACCCAGCCAGAGACUCCGGACAAGGUCGUGACGGGCGCCCAGGAGGAAGCCGCGCUCAAGCCAGCCGACCCCACCGACGAGGCCGCCGUGGCGGGAGGCGGAGCUCUCCCUGCCCCAGCGGAGGUCCUGUCCCACCCCACCAGCAGCGAGGCUGCUCCGCAAACACCCAAGAUCACAGAGCCCACGGCCGAAGCAAAGGAGACGCCCAGGACAAAUGGCAGAGCCUCGACGAGGAAGCCUGCGGCCAUCUCGACCGCAAAGUCGCCCGCCCGAUCGGCCCGCGGUACCAGCGCCGCACGUAGCCCUCUGCCCAAGUCGCCUCUUCCCAAGACGCCGACGGCCUCGAAGCCUACGCCUGCUGCGACUGCCGCCAAGUCCCCAGCGCCGCCGGCCAAAUCUCCAGCUGCUGCAAAGUCUCCAGCGCCCGCCAAAGCUCAGCUCAAACCCGCUGCCCCCAGGGAGCCUACGAAACCCGUCGCGCCCAAGUUCACGGCCCGUGCUCCUGCGAAACCCUCCACUGCCACCGCCGGCACCACUGCCACCGCAGCAGCCAAAGCCAAACCGGCAGCAGCCGAAAUCAAGAAGAUAUCCACAAAGGCAGCUCCGUCUGCUCCCUCCAAAACUGGCACAGCAACUACAGGCGGAUUCGUGAAACCCAAGCCUCGGUCACCAACCCGACCAGUCCGGCUGCCGUCUCAUUUGACUGCCCCUACUGCUUCCUCCGCUGCGAAACAUGGAGAAGAAGCUGCUGAACAGAAGCCCGCGCGCAAGCCCUCCACCGUACCGAGACCAGCGCCAAAAGCCGCUGCACCUGCUGCAAAGAAACCGGCACCCCGUGCAUCACUAGCCCCGAGCACUGCGCGACCUGCAUCUCGUGCGUCCACCGCAGCGGGCGCAAGCGAUGGCUUCCUGGCUCGCAUGAUGCGCCCAACGGCGAGCAGCGCCAGCAAGACCCACGACAAGCCCGAAUCGCCACCUCGUCAGAGGACUACUGCCAAAGCUACCACCAAGCCCAAGGCACCUGAAGGACUGGCCACCAAGGCCAAGAAGAAGGUUGAGGAGGUGGCGGCCAAGGCUAAGGAUGUUGUCACUAACGGCAACCACGAGGAGAGGCACGAGGAGAAAACCGAGGAACCGGAGACUGCGACUACUGGUCCUGCUGCUACAGAGCCAAUUGCUGAAAAGGGCACGGACAUUGGAACGGCCCCUGUCCCUACUGAAGACACUGCCGCGGGCGCAGAAGAACCCGUGAGCGAUAUGCCUACCGCUACGGAGGCCGAAAAGACCGAACAUGCUGCAGUCGAGUCGGAAAGCCCCAAGGCGCAGGAGGAAGCUGUAUUUUGAGGACCUUCCUGCCCCGUCGCAGAUCCAGCUUUGGAACAUUCUCCCACACUCAUGUUCAGCCCCCCUCUUCCUCUCGGAGUGCUU